CUUUUCCACAGCUUCAUCAGCCCCUCCCUCUCUUUUCUCACUUUAUUUCUUAAUUGACUCUAAAAUUCUCGAUUCCAUGUCAGAUUCCGGAGAAGUGGUCAAAAAGAAAUCAAGAAAGCCGACAGAUGGCGCAUUUCGACAACAGCGUCUUCCAGCAUGGCAACCUGUGCUAACGCCUCGAACAGCAUUACCAACAUUCUUUGUGAUUGGUAUUUUAUUUACACCCAUCGGUGGCCUAUUGUUUUGGUCCAACAGUCGCAUCAUCGAAAUCAAACUCGAUUAUACACACUGCUAUCGAUACACAGCACCUGUCUAUAUGGCUCCAAGUCAAUAUACGUUUCAACUACCACAAAAAUUAAACAUGUCAUCUUUUGAACCGCCAGCAUACCAUCAUCAAAACGUAACGACGUUCUUAAAUUCAGAGUGGCAGAAUCCAAACAACCUAUCCAUACCACAAUGCAUCAUCGACUUUACCGUACCGCAGACCAUGCAAGCACCCGUAUUCCUCUAUUAUCGCCUUACCAACUUUUAUCAGAACCAUAGACAGUAUAUCAACAGCUUUGACUCAUCACAACUGCUCGGCAAUCCUGUGUCACCACCGGGAGGCAAUUGUGGACCUUUACGAAUGUCAGAAAACGGCACCAGUAUAUAUCCUUGUGGAUUAAUUGCAAACUCCAUGUUUAAUGAUACCCGAUCCAACUUGACUUCAAUUAAUCAACCAACGGAAUCGACAUAUGACUUUGCGACAACAGGAAUCGCAUGGCCGACGGAUAAAGACAAGUAUGGUAUUACGCAAUACACGCCAGAUAGUGUUGUGCCACCGCCCAACUGGGCGUUACGCUAUCCGGACGGUCGAUACAAUGAUGCCCAUCCGCCACCCAACUUAUCACAAGACGAGUCAUUCAUGGUAUGGAUGCGUGUCGCUGCAUUACCCGACUUUCGAAAGAUCUGGGGACGAAACGACGCUAUGGCGUUAUCAGAAGGUCGAUGGCGCAUUCAAGUUGAUAUGAAUUUUGAUACCACGCUCUAUGGUGGUAACAAAUGGAUAGUCAUAUCAACAUCCACACCUUUAGGUGGAUAUAACCCAUACCUUGGAAUCACGUACAUGGCCAUCGGUGGUAUCUGCCUUUUGCUUGGCGUGAUCUUCACCAUCAAACAUUGCAUUAAGCCUAGAUCUCUAGGCGAUACUACGUACCUGUCAUGGAAUCAACCUGGCGGUGGUCUGCCCAAGUCAAAACGACCAAAACCAACCGUGAAAACGCUUCAUCAGGAUUAAUGCCCUUUAACCUAGUAAACAAACAAACAUUUGUAUAUCUUUCGUUAGUCCCCUCCUACUCCCGCCCCACCUACCAUUCACUCUUCAUCUUUCUUUGUUCUUUGUCAUCUGAAUACCUUUAUAUAUAAGUUCUUGCUAGCAUAUAGAUAUACUUUUUGACGUUUACAAGUUGUGGAACAGCUGUGAAUAGAACACACACUGGCUUAACUGUUUAUUUUCAUUUCCCGCUACGGGUUUGGGAAAGGGGAGGGGCC